AUGGUAAUAUUUAACAAAGAGUUGAAGCCAUUGGAGAAUUUACUUAAGGAAUGUAAGAAUGGUGCACUGUUUUGUAUUAAGGGCAAGACAGAGCUGCCAAUGCCAACCAUUGAGGUGAAGGAUGUUGGUGUCUUGUCAUACCCAGUGCCACAACAACAGAUACAGAGUAUAGCAGAACAUUCUACGGGUGAACCUGAUGUCAAAGGAACAAACCGGAUAGUGCAACAAAUCUGGCAUAUACCGAGCAAGGACAUCACCAUCACUGGUCGACACUUCCACUCAUUUUAUGAAGGCGUUAUCCAUUCAAUCACAGAGUCGAUGGGUCUGACCGGCGAGAUAGUGGCAGCAAAGUUGUACAAGUUGGUGGUCUAUGGCAAACACAGCUCCUUCCUGCCACAACGCGACUCUGAGAAGGCUGACAACAUGUUUGGAACACUCAUGCUCUCGUUGCCCUGCUCACAUCGUGGCGGUACCCUGGCCAUUACUCACUCGGGCAAGAAGAUGUAUGUGUCAUUGGAAAACGACACUGUGUCAUCUAUCAAAUGGACAGCAUUCUUUGCUGACUGUCGACACGAGUUCAUACAUGUCACUGAAGGCAAUCGAGUCUGUCUCGUUUACAAUCUCUUUCGAUCUGGAGUCAAGCAACCAAAUGUCAAAGUCAACUCUACUAUACCGAUCAUUCAAUCACUCAAUCAUAUCUUUGGUGUCAAGCCUCCAAUGCAACCUAUACCCGAUCUGAAGGUUGAGGUUGAGGGUGAUGAUGAUAACAAGAUCACCAAGAGGGCCAAGACCUCUACCAGCACAACAGUGACCACAAAGGUAGAGAUGGAAAAGCAGGCAGGCAACGAUGCUCAAAGACUCGAUAAGAUAGUCUAUGCACUGGAGCACGUAUAUUCAAUGUCCAACCUCACACUGGAGUCACUCAAGGGCAAUGACGCAAUCUUGGCCCGUUGGUUGUUGUCAAUAUCCGAGGAGGCAAAGAUCAAACUUGGUCUGGCAUUCAUACACAACGAAACAUAUUUGGCGAUUAGUAGGCAUAGUAGCAAAGAGGAGCAUUGCUAUACUAAUCUGACACUGGAGGAUGUCAAGGAUCUCGAGACAGGCGAGAUCAUCACCUCUAAAUCAUCAAUUAAAGAAAAUGAGCUAAUGCCCGAGGAUUGUUUGGACUUUAACAAUCCGUUCAAGGAGAAGUCCAAGAGUGCGACGUGCAAAAAAGACGGCCGCGUAGAGAGGUUCUACCGACAGUGUGCAUUGAUGAUAUGGAGCACGGCAGUCAAUGGCAAGUUCACGAUGGUCAGCUCAGUGGAUGCUGCCCUGAUCAUUUUCAACAAGGAGCUGAACGAGCGAGGGGGCAUUGAUGCCAACCCCAAGUUAUCAAUUGACAUGUUCAGAGAAAUGUUCUCAUCCUUGGACCGAGCCAAAAUGACUCCAGAUCAUGUUACAAAGAUGCUCGUGAUCCUGUCCAGAAUCAAAGACGAUCGAUACAUGUCCGAUUACCUCUCGUGCAUGCUGGUUUGCAUCGGCUUGGCCUUCAGGUCCAACAUUCAUUUGGACCCGUUCUUGGAGCUGGUUCUUCACAGACCGUCAAUGACACCAGAGUCAGUGACUGAGAUGAUCAAACAGUCUGCGUCAGAACAUGUUGCAUUGGACUUCUCACUCAGUCUGUUAGACUGGCUGUUGCUCGAGCACAAUCCGCCAAUACCGGCACACUUGACUACACUCAUACCAACGAUGGUUAUUAUGAUUGCCGGAAAGCUGGACUCUUUGGCACGAUGCGAUCAGCUGAUCGUCACAAUCAACAAGCAUGCUGUGUUUGAGAGGCAACGCCAACAACUCCUGGAUAAUAUCAUACAGAUAGCUCACAAGAUACUGUUGGCCACCCAGUCGAAAGAGAUCAAUCAGAUCAUCAUAUCUUGUUCCAAAGUUGGCAAUGGCGGAGAGAGUGAUGGCAGCACACCCUCUUUGGGUACAGAGUAG